AAAUCCGAGACUAAACCGUAUUUUAAUGCUUCCUUUGAGUUCCGUUGCUUUUGCUCCAAUUUCCAACGACACUACAAACACUUUUUUUUUUCCCUGUGUGUUUAUUUACUGAUCCAACACCAGAAGAAGAUAAAACGGUCGUCUUCGAAGUAGAAGAAGAAGAAUCACAACUAUGGGAAGAUCUCCAGCUUCUUCUUGUCUCCGGAUCAUCGCUUGCGCCGGCGGAGACGAUGCUGCCGAACCUACGACGAAUGCCCUAGAGAACAAGAGCUCUGGUGACAAGCGUGGAUGGAGUUUCAGGAAGAAAUCUGGGAAACAGCGAGGGUUGAUCAGUAGUGUAGUCUCUGAAACAACUCCUGCUUCUAGGACAAGAGAGACUCUUGAAUCUGCUCUCCUCAAAUCUCCAUCUCCUGACAAUAACAUUGUUUCCGAAAAGCAGACAUUCUCUGCUGAUGAGAAGAAGAGCCAGUUGCCUGUUACCUAUGUGGCUGAGCCUGUGGAUGAGAAGAAAACACAAUCCGCUGAGGACAGAACAACGGAGUUGUCAGAACAGAUUGACCACAAAACCGAGCUGCCUGUUGUGGUGGAAUCUAAAGGGACUGAAACUGAAGAGGAUGGCUUGAUUGGAACUGAAUUGCAAGCUAAGUUGGAAGGACCAGUUGCUGCUGAUGCAUCCUUGAUGGAGAAAGACAUUGUUUCUGGUGCUGAGCUUGCUGGUAAAGUUGAACCGGAAGCAUCUGAACCCGAUGAUGUGAUCAUAAUCGGAAAAGGAAGUGAUGAAGAAGUUAAUGAGAAACUUGAUGAUUCUGUUAUCAUUAUCAUCCAAGCUGCCAUACGCGGAUUUUUGGCGCGAAGAGAACUUUUGAGGCGCAAGAAAGUUGUUAAACUUCAAGCUGCAGUACGUGGCCACCUGGUUAGGAAUCAGGCCAUGGGAUCACUGCGUUGUGUCCAAGCUAUUGUCAAAAUGCAGACGCUGGUCCGUGCUCGUCAUUCCACGAAAGAUGGUAGCCGUGUUUCAGCAAUCUCGGAUAAGGUGGAAACAAAUGCAGCAGCACAGAAACUUCUCGAAAACAAGUUUGCGAAGCAUCUAAUGGAGUCAACGCCGAAGACGAAGCCUAUCAGCAUUAAGUGUGAUCCAACAAAACCUAGUUCUGCGUGGAACUGGUUGGAAAGGUGGAUGUCUGUUUCAAAGCCUGAGAAGACGUCAAAAGCAGAUUUGGCAACGGAAGAGCAACAGUUGGAAAAAACCGAGGAUGUCAAAGUAUCAUCUCAAGUUGACUUGGUGAACUCGAACUCAACCUUAGAGACGGUAACUGAAACUGGUGUCUCAAGGUAUGAAGCAAGUAAGGUAGUAGCUCAGCAUGUGGAGCGAUCUGAGACGGAGAAAAUGAGCCAAUAUGAUUCACCAGAAGCAUCUGCGGAGGUUGAUCAUGACUUGAUCCAGACUCAUCUACUUGCUGCUCGGGAUUCAGAUUCUUUGCUCGAAGAGGCUGAAUAUGUGGAUGAACAGCCUAAACAUUCUUUGAAGCGUAAGGCAAGCAAUCCAUCUUUCAUUGCUGCACAGUCGAAGUUUGAGGAGCUAACUUCAUCUGCUGGUUCAAACAAAGCAAUGACGCUUUCUUCUAAAGAUGGUGUUUUAGGUGAAGAAGGCAAAACAGAUAUGGAUUCAUCAGAGGCUAACACUACAAACACUAAAAAGGAUCAGUCUCUGGAAGAUGUUGCUCCAGCUGAGCUCAGUGGAUCUGAGUGUGGCACCGAACUGUCUGUAACUUCUUCUCUUGAUUCACUUGACAAGAAGUCAGACGCUGAGGGUGCAGAGCCCAAGGUUGAAGCUAAGCUUUUAGAGAACAUCACUCUCAAAACAGACCAAGCAGAGUUGAUAGAAAUUGAUGUCAAAGAUGAAACACCACUGGGUACUGUAGAGGACCCUAAGGAGAAAGUUGAGAAUGCUAAGGAUGAAGUUGAAAUUUCAGCGACACAGCACGAAUCGGUUAUUAGUACACCAGAUUCCAAAAAGAGGCAGGCAGGGGAUGAAUCAGGGCCACAAGCUUACUCGUUAUCUGAGGAAGCAUUAACUCCGAUGACAAUCACUGAAUCUCAGGCAACUCCGGCAAGUCAAGCAUCUUCUUCAGAUAAAGCGAGAAAGGGAAAAUCCGAAAAGAGUGGUUCAAGCCAAAAGCGGAAAGUUAGCAAGAAAAUAACAUCAAGCCCGAACCAGGAAACUGGUACCGGUGAGGCUAAUACUCCAGAACGAGAAGAAGGUAAAGAACAGAAAAGCGGGAGGAGAAAUUCUUUCGGGUAUGAUCAAGAAGCAAGAGAAAGCAGCGGAGGCAAGAACUCUCUACCUCGGUUCAUGCAGCCAACACAGUCGGCGAAAGCUAAGCUUCAGGAACAUAACUCACCAAGAUCAAGCCCUGAUCUUCAGGAAAGAGACGUUUCCAGCAAGAAGAGACAUUCAUUGCCUGUUGGUACCAAUGGGAAACAAGGAUCUUCUCCUAGAAUCCAAAGGUCUGCGUCUCAAGCACAACCGGGAACAAAGGAUAGAAAAUGGCAGAGAUGAAGCUGACCGGAGUGAAAUCGGAAAACAAAAAUCUUAGGGAAGUUCGGUUAGUUUGCAAUAUUUGGUGAUUGGCAGUCGCCGGACCUAACGUGUGAUGGGUUUUGGGAGUUGGAUUUAUAUAAACUUUUGUUGAUUUGUCAAAUUUGCAUAGAGUUUUAUUGAAUUUGUAAAAGUUUUUUAAAUUUGGAGAGAGUUUUGUGUAUUGAAACAAUUUAUAAAAGAAUCCUAUUAUUAACAAACUUUUAGAA